GCUAUUGCUAGUGUAAAUAGUGCAAUGUUUGCUCGGUUAUUUUAAUAAAUAGUUUAAUUAAGAUGGAUUGAUGUGCAGUUGUUGCUGUUUAGACUAAUUUAGUAAAUCUAAAAUGGAUAGUAUAAAUAGAAAAACGGCUCCAAACUUAUUAACAUUGUCAAAUGAGAUAAUAAAUAAAUUACUCUUGUUUUGCUCAGUUAAUGAUAUUUCUUCAUUGAGUCAAACAUGUAAAAGAUUAAGGGAGUGCACUCAAUCGGAAUACUUAUGGUAUCACAAAUGGGUAGAGUUGGUGGAUUCAUGUGGAUUAAAGAUUUUAGCAGAAAAAAUACCCGUGUUUGAAACCUCAGAAGUUUAUGGUGAAAAACAAAAUGGUAGAAGUAUAAUAACAUAUAGCUAUUUUAAACAAUGUCAACGCCUGUGGAAAGUGUGCUACAGACAUGGCAAAGGUUUACAAAGCUUGCCAACAUGUUCACAUUGUGGUAAAAAAACUUGUUCGGUAGAAUGCUUGAGUCUGCAAGAACACAAGAUGUCUUUGGACAUAGGCAGCAAAGUAACAUGGCUUUUAACUACAAAGUUUUCAAUAGAAAGACAUUCAUCUGUAUUAAUGAGCUCAAAAGUGAAAUCUUAUUUUUCUCAUUUCAACAGCGUAGUUGCAGAUAGACAGUGUGUACGUUAUCAAAUUAGAUCAGAUUUCUGCUGUUUUAUUUGUGAUCAAGCUGAUAAGGGCCAAAAAUAUGGUCAUAGUAGUUCACGAGUAGACUAUAGUAACAAAGUGGACACCAGUGUGUGUGAGUGCUUUAUGUCAGAACCAAGCGAUCUGAGCUAUAAAGAGAAAUAUUCCUGUGAAAACCUGUUUGUUGGUUCAAAGAAAACCCAGAAUCAUGAUUUAGUAGCUGCUUCCAAAACAAUGGUACCAACAUCAUUAUGGAGUGAUCUUCCUUCUCUUCUGAAAGACACUUAUCCUGACUGUGAUAUUCAAUCUCCAUUAGAAUGUUUUUUAAAUGGUGAGAAUUUUUGUUAUCUAGAACAGUACCUUCAUCAUAUAUUACAAAGAUAUGUGAUGCUAGAUGAAGCAAAGAAACCUAGUGUUUCAUUUGUAUUUUGUGAACCUUACAACACAACUACUGAUAUACGAAGGAAAAUUGCCAGGUACUUAUUUGAAGAACACCAAGUAGCAAGGAUAUGUUUCCUUAACAAGGCUCUCUCUGCAGCAUACCUAGUUGACCUUGACACUUGCUUAGUGAUAGACAGCGGGGCAUCCAACACAGUAGUGACAUUAAUUAUUGAUGGAAAAGUUCAGGUUGAGCGAACUAGGUCUUCUCCUGUUGGAGGCUUAGCUAUUGCCCAUUUCUGUGCAGAAGCUAUAAAGUUAAAGGGUCUGAUGGAUAAUGUCAGUAUUCCUAGUUUGGACAACAGCCGAGUGAAGUCUUUCUGUUACUUGUCCUACAACAUUGCUGUUGAAGAAAGGAAGAAGACACCCAGGAGAAGUGGUAUUUUUGUUCGACCUAAGAGCCAAGCAAGCAGUGAUAUAGCAAAACUGGAGAAAGUGGAGCUUGGAGCAGAGUUAUACCUAGCACCAGAAGUUAUGUAUUCUGCCAUGAGAGUUCCAGAGUUAGUGCAGGAAGUUUUGCAAGGUUUGGAACCAUCUCUCGUACAAGAAAUUUUGUCACAGAUCCUUCUUACUGGGUGCAAUACAGAACUAAAUGGAUUCACUACAAGGUUGAUCAGAGACUUGCAAACAGUAUUACCAGAGUAUAGUCGUGCAAUCAACAUUCACUCCAGUUCUGGUUGCCAGAGUUGGGAUGCUGUUAUGGGGUCAUCCCGUGUUAGCGUACCUCUACCACCUUCAAGAAUGUCAUCAGACCAAGUUCCUGGUUCUCUUGUGUGGGUUACUCGAGAACAAUAUAUUUUAUAUGGUGAUAAUUCACUCCACUGACAAUUACAACUUCUUGGUUCUAAUUUUAUUGCAUCAGUUAUUAUAAAAGUUUAUAAAAAAAGUUACCUAUGAUAUGCAGUCACUGAAGAACUGAAUUUAUAUUGCUGCAAUUCUUUUUACUUUAAUAGAGAAAUGAUGACAAUUACUUCUGAGAAGAAAUAUUUUGAAAAAGUGGAUAUUCAUAUAUAGUUAAUAUUUUGUUCCCAUUCUUAUUUAUCUGUAAUCCUGGGCUAAACUGAUGCAGGUGAUGUUAUCAGGUCCUAUUUAAGCAGUGAAUUUAAUUCAAAUUAAUUAUGUUUUGAUGCAAUUUAAUCAAAGUUUUAGGUGUGGUAAAGAUUUAACUGAGAAAGAGUUGGAAAUUUGUAUGCAAGAAAAUACAUUUAAAAUACCAUGAAUGUAGUUAAAAAAUGUAAAGAUUUAAGUAAAAUCAUAUUGUUUUAUUAGCUUCCAUGGACAACUAAUGACUUACCAUGAUUCAUGUAAUGGUGCAAUUAAUGUCUCCCACUUGGGUUCACUUUGCGUCAGAUAGAACUGUGCAUCAACUAGAAUUACGUAGAAUUAUUGUCUGUAGUUUUGACUCAUAGUGUAUGUGCUGUAUGUUGUAUUUCAUAAAAAUAACUCCAAUGCAUUCUUACUUAUUAACUUUAUGUAUUUUCACAUUUAUAUAUUCAGUGUUGAUAAAAAGAGCUCAUUCUUUGAACAGCAGUAAGUUUCAUGAAAGAAAUAGUUACACCUAAUUUCUUACCUUCAAGAUUUUAUUGUUUCACACCAAUGAAAGAAAUAUAAAUAAAUAGUUUGUUUUAGUUA